GUUUCAUCCAAGGUGGCAUGGAAGAGGCUAUGUACUGUACUUGUUUCGUCGGUUCUGUGCUGUAACGUGGUCGGUAAGAGAGUUGGCACGGCCUCAGUUCCUGUCGUUCAUGUGUGUGGUUCCUGGAAGUUCGGGUUACGGCCGCUUGUAGCGCUACAGCAUACUGGCUCGCAGCAGUCCCGAAGCCCUCUGUUCCUUCCCUCACGUUGCGCAUCCGCGGCACAACGUAGUACGUAAACUACGCAACUGUUUUGGCCGUGCCAUGGCCGUGCUGUGAAACUGCGUGAAGCGCCGGCGGCCAUUGGCUAUGUCCGCAGUCGAGGUGCCGACGUCCUUGCCUGGGGCCGCCAUCCCGACUAUCUGAGAGUUGCGGGACAUUGCCAAUUGAGGUACCUAGCGCGUACUCAACAGCAUUGGUGCACCAUCAGAUGAGGUGAAGAAAAAAAAAAAUCCGCGCCAGUGUGUGCCUGUGUGUGUGGUGCGCCGUCCGAGUGCCUGCGGCGGCUAGGCGGCCGCAGCGCAGGAUGGCUCUGAGUUCAUCGCUGUCCGCAGCUCCCUGUACUAAUCGGGACUCGCAUCGGUGAUUGUACGGCAACAUCACUGACGUGUGCCUAAGCCUAAGUGUGCCUGUGUGUGGUUUCGGCUCCGGCCGCGCACGUUGCUCGGCUGUCGCGCAAUCGGGAGUCCAGGCUCCCUAGCCCGAAGAAGGAUGGAUUCCGCGAGACAUCCAGUGGGGCCCAUCGACCGGCCGCGGUGAAGCCGGUGGCCCAUGCCAGGGGCACGUUGUCGUCGCUGCGGCCGCCGGACAUGCUGAGGGGCAGCAGGCAGCCCAAGGAGCAGCCCGACGAGUGUGGUGAGCCAAGCCGGAGGCCGUGCAAGGCCAGGCAGCAGCAGCAGCCACCGCUGCCCUUGGCGCGACAGCCGGCCGCUCGUCGCCGCACGCCGCCUGAUGGCGGUCCUAGCCGGCGGCCAGCGGCCGGCGCAGCUCGUGCUCGACCUGAGCCGGCGGUGGCGGCGCGAGGCUUCCGCUACGUGACGGUGCAGCAGCAGCGCCGCGUGGCGCCCCGGCGGGCCGGCGAGCUGGAGGACUCCACAGUGGCAGAUGACGAGCGGCGCGAUGUUGCGCCGCUGGUGAUGGUGCGCGAUGGUGAUGAUGCACUCUUGCUUGACAGCAGGCCUGAGGAUGGCGCUGCCGCGGAGAAGGCCACGUCGGCCAUUGCAGUCAGCGCCGAUGAGGACGUCCAGGCCAGGGACACAUCGCCUGAUGGUCGCUUUCUCAAGUUCGAGGAGGAAAUUGGUCGCGGGUCCUUCAAAACUGUAUACAAGGGGUUGGACACUGCCACGGGGGUGGCUGUCGCCUGGUGCGAGCUCCAGGAGCGACUGAACAAGAGUGAACGGCAGCGCUUCCGUGAAGAGGCCGAGAUGCUGAAGGGCCUUCAGCACCCCAACAUUGUGCGCUUCUUUGACUACUGGGAGGUGAACACAGCGAAGCGCAAGUUCCUGGUGCUUAUCACGGAGCUCAUGACAUCAGGCACACUCAAGACGUACCUGCGCCGCUUCAAGAAGAUCAACAUGAAAGUGCUCAAGUCGUGGUGCCGCCAAAUUCUCAAGGGCCUGCAUUUCCUGCAUUCGCGGCCGCCACCUAUCAUCCACCGUGACCUCAAGUGUGACAACAUCUUCAUCACGGGCACCACAGGCUCGGUCAAGAUUGGAGACCUGGGCCUGGCCACCCUCAAGAACCGCUCUUUUGCUAAGAGUGUCAUUGGUACUCCCGAGUUCAUGGCCCCUGAGAUGUAUGAAGAGCACUAUGACGAAUCGGUGGAUGUGUAUGCCUUUGGCAUGUGCAUGCUGGAGAUGGCCACAUCCGAAUACCCCUACUCGGAGUGCAGCGGGCCAGCCCAAAUUUACAAGAAGGUCACCACGGGUGUGCGGCCCCAGUGCUUUGACAAGGUGGAGAGUGCAGAGCUACGAGACAUCAUUGGCCAAUGCAUACGGCUCAAGAAAGAGGAAAGGCCAACCGUGAAGGAGCUUCUGCAGCUGGAUUUCUUCCAGGAGGACAUGGGCCUCAAGGUUGAGUUUGUCAACCGUGAGGAGAGCCUGGCGGGCGGUGCUGACAAGGUGGAGCUGCGGCUGCGCGUGCUGGAUCCCAAGAAACGCAAGGACAAGCACCGUGAGAACGAGGCCAUCCAGUUUGAGUUCCACGUAGAGAAUGACAACCCCGACGAGAUAGCCAAGGCUAUGGCCCUGACGGGUAUCAUAAUGGAAGAGGAUGCCCGCAUUGUGGCCAUGCUCAUCCGAAACCAGAUCGCUGCCCUGGUGCGUGACCGGCAGCACCUGCAGAUGCAGGCAGCUACCACGCUGGUGACACAAGCAGCACAGCAGGCUGCCACUGCGCCGCCACUGCAACAGCCAGUGGCCGCCGAUGGUCAUAUCGAGGCAACCGAUGCAAGUGAGCAGGCAGUGCAGCAGCCCCCCGCCCACAGUGUGCCUUCAAGCAUGGCCGAGAGCGCCUUGUCUGCCGAAGGCUCUCCAGAGGACACACUCCAUGCGCCUCCGGUGGACUCGGCCCACCGGACUGUGCCCCUGCAGAGUGCCUUCAUUCCCCCAAUUGUGCCCUCAACAGCUGGACAGCAACCGGCCAGUCGGCAGCCUCCCAUGCAGCAGGUUGUCGCACAGCAGCCACAGUAUGCGAGCGUUAUGGCCGUUUCGGCAGCGCCAGUCAGCCCCCACACGAGUCCAGCCCCCCACACGGCGCAGGUUUCAGCACCACCCCCCCAGCCGGCACCCAGUGGAGCAGCAUCGACGGACGCUCAGCUGCCGCCGCAGGUAGGAGGUCAUGUGCACCCCCCACCGCUGAACGAGCUUCCUCGAUUGGUGCAGCUGGUCAGGGGCAGCCCCCAGAGCCCCACCAUCCUUGUGUCCCCUCCGCGAUCAUUUACGCCGAUCCCAGCGUGCGUUGCCAAUGGUGACGUGUUUGCACCAAGUGCGUUUGAGCUGCUGCCGCCACCUGCGCGCCGCAACUCGCGCCAGCUGGUGGCGUCUGCACGUUCGUUGUCAGCUGGUGACCUCAGCAUCAUCAGUGUGGUCUCUGCUGCACUGGAACCUCGUGGGAAAGUCGGGGCAUCACUGGACACUGAACGCCUUGAAGCGGCGCUGCUGGGGCGUGAAAUGGAGCAGUCAUUUCGUGCAUCAGGCCGCCGAAUCAUGGCACAGGGCGUGACAACCAUUGCCAGCGUGCGUGGCGGCAGUCUUGUGCGGAGCACCUUUUCGGCAGAGGCGGCGAGCCGCAAGCUUUCAGUGCCGGAUCCUCCGCCAGCAUCGGCAGUGCCCCUGGCCCGUCCUGCCUCAUGCCACCAGCUGAGCUCCGUCCUGGCAGGCAGUGCCAAGGAUGAACUCCUGCCUUUGGCCCAUGACACGGAAACCGUGCAGCCCUUCUGUCAACCCACACUCAUUUCUUCUCAGCUCUAUGAUGACCUGCGUGGCGACAGUGCCUCUGCUCUGGACUCUGCAAGCGAGGCAAGUGACCUGACAGACUCGAGUGCACGAGAGAAAGCACGAAAAAAGGUGCCCAAGCGGCGACGAGGGGCCCAGUUGGAGCAGCGCUGGCCUCGUCUGCUAGUUCUCUCUGUCGAAGGGGGCUCAGUGGUUGAGUGCCAGCUCGAGUCGUCCAAGGGCAAGACAGUCACCUUCAAGUUCGACAUACACGACAUGUUUCCCCGAGACAUUGCCAACAAUCUGGUGGUGACGAACCUGCUCGCCGAGCAGCACGCAGACAUGUUUGUGGAGCAGGUACAGGACAUUGUGCAGCAGCUAAAGGAGCACCCGGAGCGACUGCCCAUUGUGUCCAGCCAACCCACAGACGGGCGGCUGAGCUUUGAGAACAUGGAGAACAGCAUCGUGCCAGCCACCCGUCCCCCCGAGAAGGAACCGAGCGAGCCACCUGGGUCGUGUCAAGGCUCACCAGUGCGCCAGCUCAAGCCCCUGACAGCUCCAUUUCAGCAGGCUGUCACUACUGGCCACUUGGCUCCCAGUCCUGUGGAGGAGCAGGCACCCCCAUUCCCACCCUUGACACAGCCAGUCAUCAGCACCAGCCCGCCAGUUCCCAUGGUGCAGCCUCCGACACCGGUCACCAAGGUGGUUCCUGCUCAGGUGAUUCCAGAAGGGGAUUCCAGCUCACGGCUACCCUCACCGUGUGGGGACGACAAGCAGGCAGCACUGAGCUGCCCUCCGGUGCCUUCCUCCACUGCUGUCGCUGCUAACGCUACUACCGCCGCUGCCACACCCCCCUCCUCUUCUGUCGCUAGCGCUCUUCCUACGCAUGUCGAAGUGCGGCCACCAGCCGAUGCAGCCACGCCCCACAGUGCCACUCCGCAUGCACUGAGCAGUGAGAACAGCUUUUCAGAGUCGGAGCCUGGAAGCACGCUGCCCCAACAAGCAUACACCGUUGUCACAGACCUCGGCCACCUGCAGCAGAGGCUGGUGGAGUUGACGACCCCAAGCAGCCACCCUGCAACAGACUCUGCUCUUGUGCCAGCCGAGACCCCUUCAGCCAGCAUAGCCCCUGUCGAGCCAGGAGCUGCAGCCCCUGCUUCACCCAAGCACGUGCCGGCGCACAGUGUGGCAGCAUCCGUGGCUGCUGUGUCCGCUGCCCCCCCUGCUGUGGUGACUGUGGCACCGUCCAGCUCGCGGCCUUCGUCAGUACCACCUGAGCGCAAGCCUGCCGUAGCAACCAACCUGGAGGACUUGAAGCUGGAGCUGCAGAAACUGCACGGCAACACCAUGAAGAGUAACAUUGAGCAAGGGCUGCAGGCCAUAUUCUCACAGAACACUGUGGCCCCAGUUCUGACACCUGCGCACUCGCAGCCACAGGUGCCUCCACUUUCUGCUUUUGUGCAGGUGUUUGCUGAGCACCCGGCCACUGUCUCGCACUCUGUGGGAACUGUAAUGCCACAGGCAACUUCAGCAGCAGCAGUCUUGUCAACGACAUUGGUUCCCGCGUGCACCCACUCGGUGGGCCAGAUUUCUACUGAUACUGGCAGCAACAUUCCAGUUCCACUGGUGACACUCGCAGACAAUGUGGGUAGCACAGCAGCCACUGAAGCCACUGCAUCACCUGUGUCAGCACCCUGCACCUUGCUGGAGCCUGCUGUAAUUCGGCCACAAGGCAUACUCCUUGCACAGCCUGCAUCCAGUGCAGUUGGGCCAUCUACGGCAGGUCGCUUUUCCCGCUUCCAUGUGACCCCUGUUCGCGAUGACCCUCUCCUUGGGAGUUCCACCAGCCUGCCAUCAACGCCAUCAUCAUCCUUUACAAGCACUCUGGCCCCAACACCAUCCAUGACCACUGCUGCUACGGUUACUGCAACGGAGGCACCAACGGUUGCCACCACGGCCACCUCGCCCAUUCCACCACUGCCUCUAGCAUCGACUACCACAUACCCCCAUGAAACAGCAGUUCACAACUAUGACGAUGGGGAAGUGACUCGUGGUGGCUACGUGGUGAGCACGGCCACGCAGACCAGCACCACGGAGAUGAAAGCAGCAGCGACUCAGCCACCUGUGCCAGUGAGCUGUGGUCGCUUCCAAGUGACCACCGUGGUGGACGAUAUUGCAGCUACUGGUCUGCUAGCCAAGCAAAAGCCACCAGCCGUAGACCUUGACGAGCACACCAAGCACACUGGAAGCUACACAGCGGAGAGAGCAAGCAAGCACGAGUGGCAGCCCUGUGGUUCACCUCCUCCUCCACUCUCCCGUCACACACUGCACCCUGAGCGGCCGUCUGCCCGGGGCCGCCUUGCUGCCCAUCUCUUCAGCCAUGACUCAUCAUGCCAAACAUUGGACGACUGCCCUGACCCGUACGCCACAUUCCCAUAUGGUGCAGACAGGCAUCUUGACCCCCCAACCUCUCUCGAACUUGCCCUGGCCAAGAUUAUGCGUGGCUACCUGCGUUCCUCUGACUCUGGUGGUGACCUUUCCUCGCUGUCACAAGCCUCCUUGGAAUCGCUGGCACCAGCCAGUGAGGCUUGGAAAGUCCGUGUGCAUGUGCGCGACGCUGAGGUGCAGACGGAGCGGCCACUGCAGAAGAAUGCCUGUGUCGGCACCAUGUCUCCCCAGUUGACACCACGACGCUUCUUGCUCUCCCUGGAGCCCCCGACACUGGCCAAGGCACGCAGCCUGUCAUCCCUGAGCCCCAAGGAAGGCUGUGAACGCUGUGCAGGCCUGAGCCCCGCGGUGUCCCCACCCUGGAGCUCGCCCUGCAGCUCGCCACCGCUGCAGCGCCGCAGUGCCCCACGCGCAAUUCCAGUGGGCAGUGCUGAGAGGGUGCGCGGCGCAAGCCUGGUUGACUGUGGGCGCAGCCUCUCCCUGAGCCAGUUUUUGUUGGCCUCUUCUGUGCUGCAGGCGGCUCUCACCUCCGACCAGACACAGGAGCCCGAAGAGCCAGACGACCCAGAGGAAUUUCUCAAGCAGCUACUAGCACGGCAGCAGCGGGAGCGAGAGGACUUGGAGAAUCGGCACCGUCGUGAACUGGAGUGGUUACGGCAGUGCCUCCGAGGCACAGCAUGGCCCUUGUGUGAGGCACCCAAUGGGGCGGGGCCCCCCGCACCACGCCUGCUGCCCCACUCGCAGUCAGCACCGCACUUCCCUCGCCACAUUCCGCCUCUGUCAGCAUCACCUGAGUGGCACAGCCCUCCGCUGGCCUCCUUGGAACGAGGGGCUCUGCAUCGUUCCAACUCUGAAGGUCUGCCGCCCGAGCCCCUUGGUGCUAGACCUGUGGGCCGCACUCGAACCCUCACCGAUGACCUUCUGAGGUUGGUGCAGCUGAAUGGCGCAGCAGCACGGGCAUGCCCCACAUCCCUGAGCCCAGAGCCUAAGCCCACACUUCACCAGCUGAUGCAGCAGAGGCACAGCACAGUGGCCCUGAAGGAAGGACCCCCCGUAUAUCCACCCCUGCAGUUUGGACGAGGCAUGCACCGUCACCAGUGAUGACUCUUCAAAGUGGACGCACUUUGAGCACCACUGUGCAAGAAUAUCAGCUCUUCAAAUGCCCCGGAGCUUUCCCUGCAUGGCAGCCAAGAGAAAAAUAGAAUUUCCAUGCUUCACUGCUUUCAUAUGCACUUUUUGUGCAGGAACCUGCCACACCAUGUUUGCGGCAGAGCCUUGGGCAGUUUUACAUCUAAGGGAAAAUGAAUUCCUCUACCACCAUUCCCACACUUCGCAGGAGCAAGCAUUACACUCGCUGCUUUUAGGUGCAGUUAUUCACUCCGUCAGGGUUGCAUCAUUUAUAGUUGCUCAGCAUUGUAGAUCAACUCUUGUUGAAUAUGCUGGUCUCCUGCAGUGGCUAAUCACUCACUUUUUAUGGGGUGAUCUUUUUUCCUCAUUCUCAAAGGAGCCUAAGCCUGACAAGGAAUGUGCUCUUGGUUCUGUGCUGUCGUCUGCUUUGAAGGAGAGGACCAGCUCUGGCCUGUCCUUGAGCUUCAAAGUGCAGAGCCGGAUGUUGAGGCUCUUUGAGUCAACUGUUGAUGCACACAUGCAUAACAGUGCACCCCCCCCCCCUUCUUGUUCUCCUCUGUGACCAAUGCUGAGAAUUUAGCAUGUCAUCUCUUGAAGGAGGUAGGCAUCCAUUUUUGUGGCCUCUCUUUCUUUGCUCUGUUUUAUUGGCAAGUUCGGUGCACAUGGUGAAGGGGCCAGCAUCUGAACAGAUAUGCACAGUGACCAGCAGUCCUCUGCUUUGAUGACUUACAGCCUUGUCGUUCCCUGUUGUCGAUUAGCUGAGGCGUAGAUGAACCACAUUUCUUUCAACUGAUGGAAUCCUCCUCGCACAAGGGAGAGGAGCACAGUCUUCCGUGAAGGUGGUGAUUUUUAGGUGUCCCAUUUUUUAUCUGUGUCUCUUUCUUCAUGGCACGUGACAGUGAUGUUGGAGCAAGUGCAAGUGUUGACUGUCAUGUGAGUGAAUGGCCGCCUAUGUGAGAGGAGGAAGACUUUUCGAGUGAGUGAUGACCACAGGUGUAGAGACAUCAUGGCACCUGCCCCCCCCCCCCCUCAUUUUGUUUACCUAUCUCGUUUCUUUUAUUGCUGCAAGCAAUUUUUCUGGUGCUGGGUGGCAGCAGCAACUGGACAUUUAUUAGAAUGCUUGCUUAAUGAUGUAGAGAAAAAAAAUGCAAGUUUCUAGGUAAUAUUCGUACAUAUUUAAUAAUAAAAAUGAUGCUGUAUACAA